GUCUCUUUGCAGUAGUUUAGUGUAUCUUUGUAUUUGUUGUGAGUCUCUUUGCAGUAGUUUAGUGUAUCUUUAUAGUUGUUUUGAGUCUCUGCAGUAGUUUAGUGUAUCUUUGUAGUUGUUGUGAGUCUCUUUGCAGCAGUUUUGUGUAUUUUUUAUGGCCGGAGCCGCCUGAGUCCUGGGCCCCUGAGCCUGUGCCCACAGUAGGCCUGUUCAAUAAUCCUUAUGGACAUGUUGGUAGCACAACAUAUGAGUGCCACAUCAAACUGAUAGGACAUAGGGGAGUGAGUGGAGCUUUCGUCCACAGACAGGUGCACUGACCCUGUCCACCCCUGAAGGUGCCACUUGCAUUUUAUUGGACAUUUAUGGCCGGCCAGCAUUUUUUAACAGCCACCUGGAUGCAAUAAAGGACCAGCUCCUGAGCUCUGGCUGCCCAGAGGAUUUCCCAGCAGCUCCCGUGGGACCUCUGGCUAGUUAAGAUGUUUAUUAAGCUGAAAGUGGUCCAGUGGGAAAACACAGCACUUCUUAGAGAUUCGGGCCAGCAGUUUUCUUGUUAGUCGGAGCGCUCCCCGGAGGAUUGGUUUUCUUUUCCUUUCAAACCUCAGAGGGAGGACAGGGUCAGUUCACAGGGCACAAGGUUGACCAACUAGUAACUAGGCACAUGAACCCAGGAAGGAAAAUAUCUCAAUACCAUCAAGGUCAGCCUGGAGUGAUUCCCACAGUUACAUAAAACAUACCCAGGCAAAGUAAGCUAAGCACACCCUAGUCAGCUGCAGUAUAAAGCAAUGUAGCCACUGUAGGAAGUGAUUUGUUUAGAUUUCCAGGAGGCAGCAACAACAGUAAGAAUAUAGAAAGUGGGUUUCAGUCAUUGCAUCUGUCUGUGAAAAGGUUUGCUUUCAGAAAAAUCUUCAGAACAAGAAUCUUUACACUUUUAAAAUUAUUCUUUUUAUGAAGCUACAAUGUAAAUUGAAUAAUAUAUGUUAAACACAUAGAUGUUUCAUUCUCUUUAAUGCACAACUGAAGUUCUUCAUUGUGAUGUUAGCUUUGCUUGCUGUUUGACAGAUCUUGACCUCACUAAGCUCUGCUGGACCUCUAGUUCAAAGCCUUGGUCUUUAGCCUCAGGCACUGCCUUAAUAACUUCAGUUAGCCUGUUAGCCUUUGUUUUGCUUCCUAAAUGUUUAUCAGCCGUACUCUGCAUAAAGGAAAAGAGUUUUGAAGACAUCGUUGUGGAAUCGUGCUGUUAAAAUUACAUCUCUACUGCUCAGCUUGAUGAAUAUUACUUUUUUUUUCUUUCUUUUUUCUCUUUUUUCUUGUUCUCAUUUAAUUUUGAACUUUCUCAGGGCCAAACUGCAGAGCCUGUGGUGAACACAUUGUGAACUGAGCAGCACAUGCAGCCGGUGAUGGGUUUUUAGUGCUCUCUGCCUAAUGUUCAGGACAGAUUAGAAAUGUUCGCCUGUGACAGAUGCUGUCUAGAUCUUCACUACCAGAUCCACCCAGCUGCAAAACAUCUGGUGGAUUUCUACCUUUUUCUCUGAAGUGCAGCCUAUUAAUGACACACUCAUACAUGUGCACAUACACUCACAUUCAAUACACACAAAACACGUUCAGCGACUUUGAUUGAGGCAGAGGAAAAACAUCACACAUAUACAGAUGGUUGAUUAUAAAGAUUUUUUUUAUUGCCACUGGUCCCGGAAGCCAGAUUUUCUGCAUAUUUUUUUUUUCCUGUUGCAAUGAUUCGUUUCUUUUUUCUUUUUUUUUUUUUUAUCCCUAUCAUUGUUUGUGCAGUACAUAUAACGCCUGUAUUACCGCUGGUACCAGGUUCAACUGAUUCUCCCAAUAUGUGUUUGCCAUGAAAACAAAGCCAUUCAAUUCCAGCUCAGUAUCACCGCCAGUAUCUAUGUAGAAGUAUUUAGACUAUCUUUCACUACUUCAGCCACAAAGUCUGCGAGCACAUGCAAUUUAUUCAGCAGACACAGAAUUUAUACAUUCCACAUGAGGAGCGGGUAGCGAAGGCCUACGCUUGUUGUUAAUGGCACACAUCCUAAAAUCAUGCUCCUGGUCUCCCGCAGCUCGAAGUUUUUUUCGUCAGAGGAAACAUUAUUUUUGCGGAGACAAAUCCACUGAAUAACAUGAUCAUCUGAUGAAAGGUGCUGCAAAUCUUUGCCUGAGCUGUGACACUUUUGCUAAUGAUGAAAACGGUCAUGUAACAACAAAUGACCUGUAUCCCACUGUGACGUGACGGAGUAAUGUCAGUUGCACGUGAGCCAAAGGUUUUCAAAGUUUGUGAAAGCCUCUUCUCAAAGGACAAACCAUUGUUUUGUUUGUGUAACUUCUCCACUCAGCACCUCUGUGUGGGAGAUUGAAUGGUCCUUGUUGGAGAAAGAUUUAAGUUUCUUCAGGCGACCAUCAGUUAGACAAAGCCACAUAUACACGUGGGUGUGUGUCUCAUGGAGACCUUUAGAGUCCAUGGUUUAAUUUUGUUUAAAAUCACCACGCAGUAAGUUGUUCCUCAUGUGUCUGAACAGCUUAGGCUCACAUGAAGACUUGUUUGUCCAUGGCCUGUGUGUGAAGUAAAACAGAACGGAAAGGGAGAUUCCCACAUCACAGAAUAAAAGCAUUUGUUAUUGCUGGGUUUCAUAAUAUAUCAUCUGUUGCCAUCUGUGAUCCAACUUUGAACAGCUUUUUAAAAUGUUUUGAAGAUAAUCCCUUGGAAAAAGAAAACUAAUCAUUAGGCUUUCACAAAACAUUAGAUUUUUUUUUAUUUUUUAUUAUUGUCAUUAUGUUUGUAUGACACAUUUCAGUAGAGACCUCAUUCAAUUUACAUUUUAGUUUUUGUGAUUUUACCACAAAAGGCUUUAAUGAAAUAUACUAACAAGUACAUUAUAAAAAGAGGAAACACAUGUUAUUUUUCUUAUUUGUCCGAAGAAAUGGAAAUAGUAAAAAAACACAAACUGACUCUACAAUAAUAUGACAAAAAUAAUAAUGCUAUUUUAAAAGACAUAAUUUGUGCAGUGCAUUUUUGGCAUAAAACAGGAAUGAAUGAAAAAUAUAUAUUGUUUUCAUUUGUAUAUCCAAUAAUAAUUUGUGUUUUUACUGUAUGUAAUUCUCUCUGCUGCUUUAACAAUUAACAUUUCAUAACAUUGAACCAAAUGUAAAAAGUCUUUUUAACUUAUUGCUACAAAAUGAGACUGAAUGUGCAUAAAAUCAACUUUUAAUCUACAAACACUUAUAAGAAAAAAUACACAAUUGUACACAUUUUUCCUGUAUAGUUUCUCUUUGGUUGUAAUAUAAUCUAGUAAUGUAAUUUUUAUUCUUAUUAUUAUAGAACAGAAAAGUCAGGGCUUAUUGGAAUAGUUGACAAAUAACAAAAACCACAAGAACAGAUGAAAAAAGACCAAACUGACUAAAUGCAAGUCAAAAUGCAAAUUCUACAAUGAAGAACAUAUAGAUAAUACAAGUAAUAUACAUAAUAUCACACUCUGUGGUAAAGGAACAUCUUCUGCCAUCUCACUGUCAGAACAUUGCCAAAUCUUUACAUUCCUAAUAGAUUUGACAGGAUUUGUUUUUCUAUUACGAAUAUUUUUUUUAACUAUAGGAUGACACAUUUUUAGAGUUUUUGCAAAUUAACAGAGUAUACACAUCAAUAGUAGAAAUACUAGGCAUGGGGUUUCUAUUAUUGUUCUGUUAAAAGUCUCAUUAAAAAGUUACAGGAGGAUUAAACAGGAAAAUGUAACUAUGACAUACAAAUGCCUGUUUAUAAAUGUUUUACGAAGUAUUUAAGAUAGUGCAGUAAUUCAUAUGACAUUUCGUGUUAAUCAUAAUGAAGAUAAAAACAGGCCAAUUAAGUGUAAGAUGAAGAAUUUUGAAAAUACUAUAUGAUUUAAAGUAUUAAAGAAAAAUCAUGUAGGCUACUGUAAACUUUAAUGAAAGUUUGAGAAACAAUAACAUUGUAUUUAUGUGAAUUGAAAGAAUGUAUUUAAAUUUAUUUUAUUUUAUUAAUAUACAGCACAUGAUACUUUUUUAUCAAACCUGAUUUUAUAGUAUUUUAUUCUCAUGUUCUUCAGUUAAUGUUUUUUUUUUAAGGGCUGAUAGAAGUUUUGCUGUGGUGGAGCAGACUAAGUUGUACUGCCUGGUUCUGUCCAGCAGGGGGUGCUGCUGUAAUUCAGAUGGUGGGUUUUAGGUGGUUUCUGGUAAUAUCAGCAUACAACUGUGAAGUAGUGUGUGCUCCAGUCAGAAGAGCAGCUGCAUAAAUCUGACUGCAUUAUGGAUCACCGUCAUUAGAUGAGCUGGUCCUUCACAAAAAGGAAUGAUGAACUUUAGAAUGAUGAUACGUGCUGGUGAUUUAUGACAAAAUGGCAAGAAAUUUGAACACAUUUAUCAAAAACAUAUUUUACUUUUGACUGUACUUUUCACAAAAUUUUGAUUAAAUGCACUUUAUUAGAUUCUUAUUUUUAUAUGAUAAAAGUCCCAUAUUUUGGGGAUUUUUUUGUUAAUUAUAAACACUAAAAUAAAGGUAGACGGGUAACAAACAGGAGAUGGAACUUUAAACUGCAAUGUUUGUUAUCAGUGAAUGUGCUAUUAAGGUAAUAUUCAUACAUUUCCUUGUUUUUGCAACAAAACAGUCAAUAUUCACUUUUUAUGUCAUUAAAUAAUUUUAAUUUGAUUUCAAGAUGAUUUUUAGAUUGACAUCUAUCUAUCUAUCUAUCUAUCUAUCUAUCUAUCUAUCUAUCUAUCUAUCUAUCUAUCUAUCUAUGUGUUGGUCAUUUGUCUAUCUAUAUGUAUUAUCUUUUGUUUAAACAAUUAUAUUCAUUACGGUUUUCAACUUUAGAUUAUUGUUCUGUCAUAUAGUUUAAAUUACAUUAGUAGUGAUUAUAUCAGUAGUAGCACUACAGGAAUAAGCAUUUGUAUAAUUGUAUCUAUGUUUGCAUUACUGUAAUGUGGUCUAUCACCGCUUGGAAAUGGGGCUAUAUGAUUAGAUCUUAUGUAAAUUAAAUUACAGCUCCAUGUGUUAACAAACUUGAGCCUACAAAUGCAGGUAAACAGUUUUCAGCCUCACAUUUCAAACUUGUAUGUCAGCUCGCUGUCACACAGAGCUCUGUCAGGCCAUCUGUCAAGAACUCAAUAAAUUUGUCAGUGAAAAAAAAAAAAGAAAAGCUGAAUCCAAUAAAUCAUACCAUAAACAAAUCUAGCCGUGGGUUGACAGUGCUGUAUUAUACUUGGGCUUAAUCCUCAGGGAGUUGGGAUUAUCCUGCAGUAUCAUAUUUUUUGGCUGUCUCAGUAAGGUAAGAAGGACCAUGUGGUUCAGGCAGGAAUAAAAGCAGAAAUAUGUGAGUGAGUGGGAAGAGGGGGAUGUGACGUAAAUAGCUCCACUGUUUAUCUGUGAAUUUAAAUAAGCUCAAAUAACAUUAUACCAUGUAAAUAAUGCUUAUAAGAAUUUUCAAAAACAAAAUUACAAUAUCAGAUAGAGCCGAUUUGUGACUCGAAAUAAAAAGUUUAAAUCUAAACGAGUAUUCAGGGGCCCAUAGGCCUGUGGGGCCCUUUAGGCAAUCUCAUAGCCUAUUUGUUAUUACAGCAGUGCACUUCCCGUUUGCUUGCUGUGUGAAAUCACAGUAUAACAAUAUUCAUUUUUUAAGAUUUGAAAGCAGCUGAGAAGAAAAUGUAGAAAACAUUAAGACUCAGCGAAGUCAGAUCAAAUUACAGACCAUUCGUGGCAAAUUUCCGACGUCCAAACCUUCAAUAGGCUUCACUGUUGAUCCGCGACUGUCAGCGGCGACAGGAGCUCUCUGCCCUCUGAAAGCCCUCCACAGCCUCACUGAUGACUUCAGACAAACGUCCAGAAGAGAAUCGUGUGCGGGCUAAAAGAUGAACAAUAUCAGACCACUAUUUCCUCCCUAAUUCUUUGAAUGUCUUUAGGAUGAGAAAUGAUUCGCUGCCGCGCAGUCCCGGUCUGUUUUUUAAGAUGCUCAAGUGCAACUCGGCAGCAAACAAAUUAAGGGUGCCUGUAUGUUUUUUUUUUUUUUUUUUUCAUUCGGGCUUUUAAAAAAAAGCAUCAUGGAGAGCUUAGAAACACUCAUUAAAAGAUCAAAGUGAGUUAACUAUUAAAGUCCUCUGGCCCUGCAAUUUAGGGAGCCAUUAUGUGUUUGGUUUGCUGAGUUUCUCCUUUGAGGAUGUGAAGUGUUCUCCUCAUUUUCACUAAGGUAUUUUAUUUUAAAAUGCUUAUCGCUGCGCUUUGUUUGAGGCAUAAUUGAAAAUGCUCACAUUUCAGAAGCUCCUGCCGAUAUUGUAAAAGAAAAAGAUUAUGUCACAGCGUUCAUUACAGUCCACGUGUUCAAUUUAAUACGUUAUGAUUUUACGUUUUCUAGGAUGUAUUUUUGCGAUGCAUUGAUUGUAGCCUCUCAGAGCUGUGAGUUAUAAAUGAAUGGAUCCAGUGUGGCUUAUACACAGUAUGAUGCAAGUGUAAUUAAGACUAAGAAAAAUUGUCGAUAUGUUUUACAGCCACAUUUUAGUUUAAUUAAGACAUCUGUUUAAAUUAGAUUUAAGUUUAACGAAGCCAUUAAAUAAUUGGAUUUAUUUAUUGUAUUUAGAAUUAGUUAUGUUUCCUUCUGUGGCAUAUUUUUUUUUCGAACUUAACAUAAAUGCAUAAUGACACAUUCAUUUAAAUAGAGGUAAUAACAUGAUUUAAAAAAGAUAAUUGCCAGUAGAAGCCUAGAUUUCUUCGUUUUCUUACCGCACUUUUGCUCCAAACUUAGUUCAACAAAACUGCACAGAUUUUCGCAGUUUUUAUCUUUACUCCUGCCCCACCAUUACAGUGUAGGAUCAUAAUUUCGCUUUUUCCGAAACCAUUUUUUCUAUAGUUCACAUCCUUUCCUUUUUUUUUUUUAUAAUAUUCAGAGUCAUUACAUUCACUGUGAAAACUCUAAUCGAAAUCACAGCAGACACACAGGGAACCAGCCUGCAGGAAUGUGCAUGGCUGCUGUAAUGGCGCAUUAUAAUGGUCUCUUACCUUUCCGAUGGAUGCAACAGUUCUGCUUACUUUACAGUCAAUUGUUUAACUUUGCUUUCUGUGCUGCACACCUGCUGCAACGUUUUCCCCUGCCUGGUGGAGGGCGAGGGAGGGCUUGUCAUGUGGAGGCUCAUUAAAAACACCGCGGGCUAAAAGUUGGCGGAUUGAUUUAUUGAAUGAAUGUUUGAUGUCCUCAUUCACACAAGUGACCUGGCCAAUAACUGCUGAAUGAGCAGAGGGGGAGGGGGAGACGGUGGACAGGCUUUAUAUGUUUUUUUAAAUGUAUUGAUUAUAUUGUAUUGAUAGUGCUCGGCUCAUAAUGCUGCUUAGUGGUAAGAUAAUUCAAUAUUAGUGCGAGGCGGAGGUAAUUGACCCCAUGCUGAUAGAGGCGCUGGAGAUACAAGAAAAAAAAGCUAAGCCGGGGCAGGAUGACUUCAUGACUGGCAGGUAUGGACUCAUAUUAACAAAGCAAUUGUCCUUUAACGAAAAAUACAAUCAUUUGAAUAUUCGCAUUGUAUUUCUAUGUACUUGAAACAAUUCUGAUCGUUAUAAGCCUCUAAAAAAACCUGACUGUAAGUGAAGUAUCCUCCGUGCUGAUCUUCCAGAUAACUGCAGCUGUUCUCUCUCUGACCGGCAGAGGGCAACGCCAACAAUCUGUCCUCUGUUUUCCAAACUGGGCUACAGGUCAUCGCCUUGAUGCUUCACAAAGGACAUCAAAAACAACACGCAGCGACCACUUUAGACUCAAGGUCUGGUGUCACUGGAGCGCCUCUCCGCGGGAGAACAGUCCGAGACUUGCAUCAUGCUGGACGGCAUAAAAAUUGAAGAUCACCCCCUGCGAUCGGGACAGGCCACGCUCGGAGUCAUGCUAGGGACUGAGUGUCAUCAUCCAUCCGUGUGUGAAGGAUGCCAGCGUCCCAUCUCCGACCGCUUCUUGAUGAGAGUCAACGAUUCCUCAUGGCACGAGGAGUGUUUGCAGUGCACCGUGUGUCAACAGCCUCUCACCACCAGCUGUUACUUCAGAGAAAGGAAACUUUACUGCAAACACGACUACCAACAGUUGUUUGCGACCAAGUGCAGCGGCUGCAUGGAGAAAAUCGCCCCCACAGAGUUUGUGAUGCGCGCCCUGGAGUGCGUCUACCACCUAAACUGCUUCUGCUGCUGCGUGUGCGACCGCCAGCUGAGGAAGGGCGACGAGUUUGUCCUGAAGGAGGGUCAGCUGCUGUGCAAGAUCGACUACGAGAGGGAGAAGGACUUACUCAGCUCGGUCAGCCCGGAUGACUCAGACUCAGAAAAAAGUGACGAUGAGGAGUUGGACAUCAAGCCAGAGAAAGGCAUAGGAGGCCAGGGGAAGGGGGAUGACGGGAAGGAUCCCAGGAGGCCCAAGAGACCACGAACCAUCCUGACCACUCAACAGAGACGCGCCUUCAAGGCCUCCUUUGAGGUGUCCUCGAAACCCUGCAGAAAGGUGAGGGAGACGCUGGCUGCGGAGACAGGACUCAGUGUUCGGGUGGUCCAGGUGUGGUUUCAGAACCAGAGAGCUAAGAUGAAGAAGUUGGCAAGAAGACAGCAGCAACAACAAGAACAACAGAAUUCUCAGAGACUUGGCCAAGAGGUGAUGUCCAAUCGGAUGGAGGGGAUGAUGAACUCCUUCACACCGCUGGCUCCGCCGCAGCAGCAGCUGGUCGCCAUGGAUCAGAACGGUUACAGCACAGACCCGUUCCAACAGGGGCUCACCCCCCCACAGAUGCCCGGGGACCACAUGAACCCAUAUGGUAAUGAUUCUGCAUUCCAUGACAUAGACAGUGACACGUCUUUAACCAGCCUCAGUGACUGCUUCAUGGCGUCGUCGGAAGUCAACUCCAUGCAGGCCCGCGUGGGGAACCCCAUCGACCGCCUCUACUCCAUGCAGAACUCUUACUUUGCAUCAUGAAAGAGAGGAGCGAGGAUCAUCAGCACAGAAUAAACUGCCCAUCUCAACCUGAAGCGCGAUGGCCAGGAGUUUCGACACUAACACGGACACGACACAAGAAACACCUCACCUUGCUGUGGCUCCUGGUUAUGUGCGGAAGCUUACUCAAAGAUAGUUAAAACCACUUGUUGUAGGACAGUGAAGAUUCCUGGGGAAAAAGACUUAAAUAUUGUUAGAGAUUAUUUGGUCUGAUUGUUUAUCUGUCACAGGAGAUAUUCCUCCUUUUCUUUGUUCACUUAAAGAAAAACAAGUAGAUAUUGAAGCCACUGAUUAUUACACACUCGCAAACCAAAUAACAGUGAAUUUAUACAGUGCAUGAUCAAUUGUAAACUAAAACUUUUUGUAAGCCCCCCCUGGUUAAGAUGUGGUGUUUGGACUGUUUCUUCUUUACACUACAUGGAUUUCCAUGUUCACCGUUAGCAUUUUGAUCACUUUCAAUAGGUUUAGAUAUUGUGUUAAUAGUAAAUAGGUGCAGCAUGUCUGCAAGAGUGACUGUACAUUUGUGUAUGUAUGAGAGUUUGUGGUGAGAAAGAAUUGUUUAGAGGAGAAAAAAAAGAGGAGCAUUUUGGUGGACAAGUAGGAUCAGUGAAGUGUAAAUACUUUCCCCAGGCAAAUUGGAUGUGCAUGUUAAAAAUGGAAACAUUCUAUUUAUUUAACUAUAACAGGCUCUUGAAGGUACAUAUUAAAACUGAAAAAGCUUUAUUUAAAAAGGAGAGCAUUUUUUUGUUGAGCAAUUAGUGAGUUCAUGAGUAUCACAACUCAUCUGUACGCCUUUUUAAUAUGAAGAUUAACCCUUUUGUUUUUGUUUUGUUUUUUUUGUUUUUUGUUUUUCUUCAGCCAAGCUGUAAAUGAGCAAUGUUGCUAUUUAUUUCGUACAGACCAUAAACCUUUUGUUGUCAUUGUCAUAUGUGCAUUCUCAAAAUGUUAAAGUUGCUAAUUGACCAAAGUUGACUGGUUUGAUGAAUAAACAAUGUCUUUCUCCUGAUAACAUUAAAUAAAUGCCAUUCAGUGAUCAUUCACAUGGGGACAUUUCAGAUAUCACCUGCUUCCCUGACUGAUCCUCUAGCGCAGCAGCUCUACUUUGUGCUUAGUGCUACUGUAAUUAGCAAAUGUUAGCAUGCUAACACCACUAAAUGGUGAAAAUACCUAUUAAACAUCACCAUGUUAGCAUUGUUGUUGUGAGCAUGUUUGCAUGCUCCUGUUUAUGUUUAGC